AAUCGGGUAGCUUGACCCGCAUGAGAGGGCAUAUAUAAAGCCCAAGUCCCCGUUUAUGAGGCGCUUGUGGGUUCUUACAAUCACACCUCUUAUCUCUUUGACCACAAACAAGAAGAAACUGAGACAGAGAGAGGCAAAAAUGGCUGCUGCAAUUAUGGGUGUGGGAGCUGGGCUAGGGGUUUCAUAUUUAUCGAAGAUUUCUCAUAUAAGCUCUUAUAAAUCGCCUCGUUGUAGUGUGAAAAUGACUGUCUCCAUCGAAGAGAAGAAGAAGAGCUUCAGUCUUAAAAAAUCGGAAGAAGCUUUUAAUGUCGCUAAGGAAUUGAUGCCUGGAGGUGUAAAUUCACCUGUCCGUGCCUUUAAAUCUGUUGGUGGACAACCUAUUGUGUUUGAUUCUGUCAAAGGCUCUCGCAUGUGGGACAUUGAUGGCAAUGAGUACAUUGACUAUGUUGGUUCUUGGGGGCCAGCAAUAAUUGGUCAUGCAGAUGAUGAGGUACUUGCAGCUUUGGCUGAAACAAUGAAGAAAGGAACUAGCUUUGGUGCUCCUUGUCUUUUGGAGAAUGUUCUGGCAGAGAUGGUCAUUUCAGCUGUUCCAAGCAUAGAAAUGGUGCGUUUUGUUAACUCCGGCACAGAAGCAUGCAUGGGUGUGAUUCGCCUGGCCCGUGCUUUCACUGCACGGCCAAAGAUCAUCAAAUUUGAGGGUUGUUACCAUGGGCAUGCCAAUUCAUUUCUAGUCAAGGCUGGCAGUGGAGUUGCCACCUUAGGACUUCCUGAUUCCCCUGGUGUCCCUAAAGGAGCCACCAUAGAUACUCUAACAGCUCCCUUCAAUGAUAUCUCAACCGUGGAAAAUCUCUUUGAGACACACCAAGGAGAGAUUGCUGCUAUUAUCCUUGAACCAGUGGUUGGGAAUUCUGGCUUCAUUGCUCCAAAACCCGACUUUCUUAAUGCCAUACGCCAGCUAACCAAAGAACAUAAUGCUCUACUGAUAUUUGAUGAAGUAAUGACUGGAUUUCGUUUGUCUUAUGGUGGAGCUCAAGAGUAUUUUGGCAUAACUCCCGAUUUAACAACUCUUGGAAAGAUCAUAGGUGGCGGUCUGCCAGUUGGUGCGUAUGGAGGAAAGAAAGAGAUAAUGGAGAUGGUGGCUCCAGCAGGACCAAUGUACCAGGCUGGGACCUUAAGCGGGAACCCAUUGGCAAUGACUGCAGGAAUACACACUCUGAAGCGCUUGCAGAAACCUGGAACUUAUGAAUACUUGAAUAAGAUCACAAACGAACUUAUUGAAGGAAUACUUGAUGUUGGUAAGAAGGCUGGGCAUGCAAUGUGUGGAGGAUAUAUUGGUGGGAUGUUUGGAUUUUUCUUCACGGAAGGGCCCGUUAACAACUUUGCAGACGCAAAGGAGAGUGACACGGCAAAGUUUGCAAGGUUUUAUAGGGGAAUGCUGGAAGAGGGUGUAUAUUUUGCACCCUCACAGUUUGAGGCUGGAUUUACGAGCUUGGCACAUACAUCAGAAGAUAUCCAACUAACAAUAGCAGCAGCUGAGAAGGUUCUGAAGCAAAUUUAGAGUGUAUUCUUGUAUUUGAUCCAUUUAUAACCUCCUACCUUAGCUCUUUUUUGUUACUGAAGGGUGCCCAUUUUGUAGGUUUAUUAUAUGCAGCUGUUUAGUAGUCCUUUCUUCUUUGUGAGCAAUGUGUCAUUACUUAAAAACCCUCUUUGUGAGCAGCCGACUGAGUGUGACUUAUUAACUGAGCUUUGCUCAGCUACUGAUUUUAUUGCUAGGUCCGCUGAGUUUCUAUAACAUGAAAAAUGAUAUCUUCUGUCA